UCUAUUAUUCCCUUUAUGCCCUUUUCAAUUAUUCUUUCGCAUUGUCGCUCUAUAUUAACCCCCCCACCCUCUCUCUCUCUCUCUAUCUCUCUCUCAACAAUGGUUUUGGUUGAUGAUACCCAUGUUGACAAAGGUGGUGAAAAUGAUGGAAAUGUAGUAGAUUACAGAGGGAAUCCGGCCGAUAAGUCGCGGACCGGUGGAUGGCUUGCCGCAGGCCUCAUCCUAGGAACCGAAUUAUCCGAGAGGAUAUGUGUUAUGGGGAUAUCGAUGAAUUUGGUGACAUACCUAGUAGGAGAUUUGCAUAUUUCCUCGUCCAAAUCUGCAAACAUCGUCACCAAUUUCAUGGGCACUCUCAAUCUUCUUGGCCUCCUUGGGGGUUUCUUAGCAGACGCUAAACUCGGCCGUUACUUGACCGUUGCAAUCUCUGCAGCCAUUACAGCCUCGGGAGUGACAUUGUUGACAUUGGCCACAACCAUUUCUUCCUUGAAACCCCCUCCCUGCAGGGACUCAAGUAAAGAGGCGUGUGUCCAGGCCAACGGCCGGCUACUAGGUUUGCUCUAUGCUGCUCUCUACACCAUAGCCCUGGGUGGGGGCGGGAUAAAGUCGAACGUCUCAGGUUUUGGAUCUGACCAAUUUGAAACCACAAAUCCCAAGGAACAGAAGGCCAUGGUAUACUUCUUCAACAGGUUUUAUUUCUGCAUUAGCCUGGGUUCUUUAUUUUCUGUAACAGUACUGGUGUACAUCCAAGAUAAUGUGGGAAGAGGAUGGGGAUACGGGUUAUCAGCAGCGACGAUGAUAAUAGCAGUUUCUAUAUUGAUCUGUGGGACGCGUUUGUACCGAUUCAGGAAGCCUAGGGGAAGCCCUUUGACUGUGAUAUGGAGGGUGUUGCUCUUGGCUUGGAGGAAGAGGAAUCAGACUUAUCCUUCUCAUCCCAGUUUGUUGAAUGAGUACCACAAUGCCAAAGUCUCACAUACGCAGAGAUACAGGUGUCUUGACAAGGCUGCAAUCCUGGAUGAUGAUAGAGCUGACAACAGUGGGAAGAAAAACGACCCUUGGAUGGUUUCAACUGUUACCGAAGUUGAAGAGGUGAAAAUGGUAAUAAAGCUAAUCCCCAUAUGGUCCACGUGUAUCCUCUUCUGGACAAGCUACUCUCAGAUGACAACCUUCACCAUUGAGCAAGCUACCUUCAUGAACCGACACAUUGGCUCAUUUGUUGUCCCUUCAGGCUCUCUCUCCUUCUUCCUCUUCAUUACCAUUCUUCUAUUCACUUCCCUAAAUGAACGUCUCUUUGUUCCCUUUGCUCGAAAAAUCACCCACAAUGCCCAAGGACUCACAAGCCUUCAGAGGAUUGGAAUUGGACUUAUUUUCGCAAUAAUUGGUAUGGCAGCCUCUGCUAUUGUUGAGAAGCAAAGGAGGGACACAGCUGUUCAACAGAAUAUCAUUAGUGCUUUCUGGCUAGUCCCUCAGUUCUUCCUAGUGGGUGCAGGGGAAGCUUUUGCUUAUGUUGGUCAGCUCGAGUUUUUCAUCAGAGAGGCACCAGAGAGGAUGAAAUCCAUGAGCACAGGGUUUUUCCUAACCACCCUCUCAAUGGGGUACUUUGUGAGUAGUUUGCUGGUGACUUUGGUGGAUAAAGUGACGAACAAGAGCUGGCUUAAGAGCAAUUUGAAUUACGGGAGGCUGGAUAACUUUUAUUGGAUGCUUGCAGUGUUAGAAGUGUUGAAUUUCUCGGUUUUUCUUUUCUUCUCAAUGAGACAUCAAUACAAGGUUCAGCGCUGUGAUGAUAAGGAGAAGGAGCUCGAGAGUUGGACUGACAAGCCAAUUGAAGAUAUGGAUAAGAAAGGAACUGCUGAUUUAAAGGAAGGGCCCUAAAACACACGCCUUCAGUUAUUUGCUACUAUUAUUUUAGUCACAAAUAUGUUUAAGUUCUAUAUUAUUUUUACUGUCUUGAAAGAAAAGAGUUAUAAAGGUCCACAUGCUCUCAGAAGAUAAAUAUAUUCCUACUUUUUUGUAAAAUAUUAGAAUGUAGAAUAAUUUUCAGACCACUGGCAUUUAUGGAGAAUCAUUGCAGCAUCUUGUACCACAAGAUUCGAUUCAAUAUUUAUAAAAAGUAAUCAAGGUGUUAAAAUUUCAA